AUGGGAUCUUCUUUUUCUAAUUCAUGCGCUAAAUCAAAAUAAAAAAAAGAAAAUAAAUCAAAUAUGAUAUCUCCAGAAUAAAUGUAAAAUAAAGAAUCAUCAAAUUUAACCUAAAAAUUAGAUAACAACAUUUAAGAUAUGAAUACACCAUAAUAAAAUUUGUCAAUAAACAAUAAAUAAGAAGAAACAAUAGUUCCAACAUCUCCUAAAACACAAAAAACUUAGGAAGAGAAACAAGUUUGCAAUAUUAGUAAUGAAAUUUAGCUUGAAAAAGCAGCUCCUGUUACUCCAUAAAUUAAUUUAGAAGAAGAGCAAUUUAAAAAAGAAAAUAGUGAUGCUUAUUUCACUAGAGAAUAGUACAUAAAAGUUUAAUAAUACUUGGUUAAUGAAGAGACUCAGUUAAAAGAGCAAAUAGAGUUAGAGAAUUAAAUGGGUAAAUAGAAAUGGAUACCUGGCAAAACAGAUGAUAAAAUAUUGGGAAAAGGAACUUUUGGAACAGUUGUUUUAGGUCAUAACAAAAACACUGGAGAAAUCGUUGCAGUAAAAUUGAUAGAAACGUAAUAUGAUAGAAAAUAAAAAUACAAGUCUAUAAUUGACGAAGUAAAAAUAUUAAAAUAAAUGAGACAUAAAAAUAUUGUAAGAUACUAUGGAAUUUAAGAGCAUAAAGCUAAAGAUCAUAUUGGUAUUGUUUGUGAGUAUGUUUCCGGUGGAUCGCUGUGGAGAUUAAUUUAAAAAUUUGGAAAAUUUAGUGAGCCUUUAAUAAGAAAAUAUACAACGGAUAUAUUAUAUGGAUUAUAAUACUUGCACUACCAUGGAAUUACUCAUAGAGAUAUUAAGGGUGCUAAUAUAUUAGUGGAUUCAGAUGGAGUUUGCAAGCUUGCAGAUUUUGGGCUUGCAAAGAGUAUCAGUUAAGAGAUAGACGAAGGAUAGUUAAAGUUACCAUAGGGAACGCCAAAUUGGAUGGCACCUGAGGUGUGUAGAUCUGGAACAUGUAAUAGCAGAUUCUCAGAUAUUUGGAGUUUAGGAUGCACUGUUUAUGAAAUGAUUACUGGAAAACCUCCCUUUUCUAACUUUUUAGCAGAAACUAUAAUUCUAAGAGUUGGUUUACUAAAAUAACCACCUUAGUUUUUAGAGAAUUUAUAAAUAAGUGAAAAACUUUCAGAUUUUUUAUUACACUGUUUUUAAAUUAAACCUGAAGAAAGAUGGAAUGUCGAUUAGCUUCUACAACAUCCAUUUAUUGUUGAUACAGAUAUUGAAAAAAACGAAAAAAGUUCUACACUUACUCGUAAAAGGAAUGCUUCAAUUAAAAAAUAAUAUAAAAAGAAUUCAUCAUCUUCAUCUUCUGGUGAUAAUAUUGUAAAUGCCCUGUAAGAGUAACCUUCCAAACACGAGCUAUUUAUUAAUCAACAACAGCAAUUAAGCUAACAAUAAUAAAUUGUAUAAUAAAACUAAUAAUAAAUUGUAUAAUAAAACUAAUAGUCAAAUCUUACUACUACAUUUACUGUAAAUGUUAAAAAUAACUAAAAUAAAAGAGACUCUUUAAGGACUAUUUUAGAAGAAUCAAAUCAACAAUACUCAGGGUAAGAAGAUAAUACAGAAACAAACAUAAGAAUAAAGAGUCCUAGUCUUUUUUAUGAAGAAUACUCCUUUCAAGAUAACAACCCAAAAGAUCCUUCGAUCCAAUCAAUUGAAGGACAAAAGCUCAGCGUAUUUUAUAAUCCAGACCAAACUAAUAGCUCAAUUUAAGCUAAACAAAAUAUUGUAAAAGAAGGAUUAGAAAAUUAGCUUUAUACUAAUUCUGAUUAAAAAAGUAAAGGCUAGAAAUACAAACCUGUCAAUAGUAAUGCAUUUUUGAAAGAUGAUAUUGAAGAGGAUUAAGAAAAUUAGUAGUAACUACCAAAUGAUAAUUUUCAAACAAGUUAAAAUAAUGGAUUAUAAGAUGGAUUAUUGAAAUAGUAAUAAUAAUAAAUAUAUAAUAACACUUUUAACAUAAAUGCUAAUAAAAUUGACGAAGUUGAUGGUGAAGAUGACGAAGAAAACCAAGAUUCUCCAGAGAAAAAAAAUAAAAAAUUUUAGUAUUAACAACAAGAUUAAAAUAUACCAAGAAACUAAACUCGAUCUAACUCUAAGGUACGUAUUCCCUCUAAAAAUAAUAUAAAAACUAAAGAAACUGAUGAAUAUGAAGAGGAAGAAAAUGAUAUGCUUAAUUCAAAAUGUUUAAGAGGGAUUCCAACAGAAAGAAAAUAUGAUGAAAUAGUUGAUGUAAAGAUCAAUGCAGUUUUUGAACAUAAUAUAAGCAAUCUUUAUAAAUAAAAUAGUAAUUUUAUUGUUGGUUCUAAGUCAAAUUAAUUUGAAUUUUAGAUGCCAGUCUAUGAAGAUUACUAGGAAAGCUCUCUACCAAGCCCUCAAAAAAAAAGUUAAUGA